GAAGCGUAAUGGAACAUUUAACGAAUAUAAAUAAUAUAUUGUGUAUUUUUCAAUUUUUUUUCUCAAGAUUUAUCAGAAUCUUGUACGAUUUCUCUUGAUACAGUUAAAAUAAUUUCAGUGAUUGAUUAAAAAUGUGCCUUAGAAAAAUGUUAGAUAUAUCAUGAAACUUUUGUGCCGAAAAAUUUACUAUAUUUGUGAAUAUGUACAUUAUAAUCAACGAUUUUAGUGAUGUGUAGUGAAAUUCAACAUAAUACGGAGUGCCAAAAACAACAAAACUAAAAUAUAAUUCAUUGAUAUUAUAUUGUUUGAUAAAAAAUAAGUUAUUAUUAUGAAUGUAAAAUCAGCAUUAAUAUCAUAAGAAUGUAAGGUUAGAUAUACGUUAUAAUUUACAUUCUGUGUUAUUAUUUCUUAAUACAUUAUUUUGUUUAUAUGAUAAAAGUGUUUAAAUAAAUCAAUAGAACUAGAAAAAAUCAACAAUAUAAAUAGUUCAAGGACAUUCUUCUUCAUCAUUUUCAUUCAGUGCAUUGUGCAGUGUAUACAAUCUCUAAAUAUCUACGUGAUAUGUUUCUACUUUGAUUACUGCAAGAAAUAUAAACAUGGCAGAUCGAGAUUAUGAUAUGGGUCCAGCUACAGAAAUGAUGGUAAAUGAUUUUGAUGAUGAGCGGACUUUAGAUGAAGAAGAAGCUUUAGAAGGUAGUGAAGAUUCUCACAACGAGUUGUCCAACUUACAAAAGGAAGGUGAUAUGCCACUAAAAGACCUACUUGCGAUGUAUGGAUACGGGGAUCCAUCAACGGAAAAUUCAAACAGUUCAGACCGAAUGUUAAUUCCAUCUGGAAGCGGUGAUCCAGAAAUUGAAGGACAAUAUUCAGAUAAAGGAGAUAAUGACGCAGAUGAUGAUGAAGAUGAUGAUGAAGCGGAUGCAACUAGUAAUGAACCAGAUCUCAAGCAAUUUUAUACAGAAAUGUUAGUAAAAGGAAAAGAUUCGUCGUCAUUAGUAUCAGGAUCAACAAUGAAAGGAAAUAAUACCAAUAGUGUAGGUACUGGAGAUAAUAACAGACGACAUAGAAUUCAUGACGAUGAUGAAGAUGAUGAAGAAGGUGAAGUGGAAGAAUGUUCUAUGAUGGAUGGUUGUAGUAACAAUGAAAGUACAAGAAUGACUUCAACUAUUGGUAAUACUGCUAAAUGUAGCAGUAUAACCGCACUUGCUAGCUGUACAACAAAUGAUAAUACUGGUGGUGGAGUAGAAAUUAAUGUUAGCAGUGGUAUGGUAGAUGGAGGAGAAGAUGGAAUAGUUAGUAGUGGUAUAGGCACAUCAAGAUUACUAAGAAGUGUUUCACGACCACAAAGCGAAGAAGAAGAAGAUGAUUGUGAUUAUAGUCCAGAUGAAGAAGAAUGGAAGAAGACAAUCAUGGUUGGUAUUAAUUAUCAAGCAGCUAUACCAGAAGGUCUUUGCCAUUAUGAUGAUGCUUUACCUUAUGAAAAUGAGGAUAAGAUGUUAUGGGAUCCUAGCCAUAUACCUGAAGAGGAAACUGAAGAGUUCUUAGAACGGGCACAAUUACCAGCUGUAAAAGGUGGUUCUCUUCCUACAGGGUCACAUAUCAGAGAUGAUGAACAAGCUUUAUAUUUAUUGUUACAAUGUGGCUAUAAUCUUGAAGAGGCAUUAAGGAGACGAAGAAUGAACGUCGUACCACCAACGGAUGCAGUUAGUCUGUGGUCAGAAGAAGAGUGUCAUAAUUUUGAAUCUGGAUUACGAAGUUAUGGAAAAGAUUUUCAUCUUAUACAAAAAAAUAAGGUUAGAACGCGAUCUGUUGGAGAAUUAGUGCAAUUUUAUUAUCUUUGGAAGAAAACAGAAAGGCAUGAUAUAUUUACAUACAAAGCUCGUUUAGAAAAGAAAAAAUAUGCUUUGCAUCCUGGUAUCACCAGGGACUAUAUGGACCGAUUUCUGGAAGAACAAGAGGGUGUUCGCGAUCGUAGCAGUUCACCAAACGUUCAUUGUUUACUAUACGGUGAUGCGAAACGACAAAGGUCAACCGUUAGUGUUCCAAAUAAUGAGGAAGCAAAAUCAGCGGAACCAUGGGAUGGUUCUGUAAUUGAUUCUUUAGCAGACUCAAAUGGACCGACGCCAGUACCACCGCCACCCCCACCUCCACCUCCACCACCACCGAUAUCAACUGCUGUAACUGUAUCUUCAGGUUCUGUUUCAACUAUAUUGUCAACAUCUAUAUAUUGUACUGCGACAACUCGCCAUUCCGAUUGUUCACCGUCCGAUUCUAGCUAUACAAAUCCACAUAUGUGGUCGAAUUUGACAUCUCGAAAUCAUUCUACCUCCUGUAUCGUAACGACGAUCUCAAUAAAUACGACAACAACAAGUACUGUUCCAAUGGUUACGGCCAUUGGAAUUACAAGCACGGUUACAAGCAGUUCUACCAUCACUUCUACUGCCUCUAAUAAUUUUUAUCGCUCGCGAGUAACAUCAAGAAACAAUGAUGUGCAUGAUACACCAUCACCAGAGAACAUUUUACCUCAUUUACCUCCUUAGCGUCGAACACGACUUUCAGGUUUCCAACCUGGAAGGUGUCAAAUGUCUUGGUGCGAUGUGAUUUAUUUAACACUCGCGUUAUCAUUAUCGUCAUAACAUAUAAUAUUCGUUAAUACCACGAAUUAUAUUUUUAUACUAUAUCGUAAUAUGAUUAUUAAUUUCUAUAGCGAAAAUAAAAAAAAAAGAAAAAAAAGUUUUUCGCGAAAUCGAAAUAAAUGAUAGCAAAUUAAGUAAAAUUGGAAAAAUAAUUGAUUAGAUUAAGUGGUAUGAACAUAAAUUACUACAGCUUUUUCCAUA